CGUGCCGUCCUCUCGCGGUAUACCUGCCGAGCACUGGCUGCCACGCUUUCAGUAUUGAACACUUUGCCUACCUUUCAGUCGCACUAUACAUGUGAAUUGGUCGCCGGCCAACACUGAUCUCAAGGCGUUAUUUGCAUAGCAUUCAAAGGCAAGUCACGUGAUCUGCCUUCAUCCUCCCACUAGGAAAGAGACUAUUUAGUCUCCAGUCUGCAAGGAUUCCUCCAUUAGGUGCACGAUGUUGAGCUGGAAACUUCCCCCCGCCCGGCCCAAGGUAGGUUUCGCAUGGGUACUUGUCAUCACAGCUUGGGCCAGUGUCGCCAGCAGUUUAGAAGCAGGCAUCACAGGUCUAGGAUCAGGAGAAGACGAGGACUUAUCGGCAGUUAGUGACAAGCGAGCAGCAUUUAGUGCUUGGGCCGGAAAAAGAGACUUUCUUGAAAACUUUCCUGAAAGUGAUUCUAAGGAAAAGAGGCCGGCGUUUAGCGCUUGGGCCGGUAAAAGAGACUAUACCGAAGGCGAUAAACGGGCGGCAUUCAGCGCCUGGGCCGGCAAGAGAAGCUUAGGGGGUGAACUUGACAAAAGAGCUGCUUUUAAUGCCUGGGCCGGGAAAAGGGGCACAGGGGGUGAACUUUUACAAGAUAAGAGGGCACCCUUUAGCGUUUGGGCAGGGAAGAGAGAUUUCGAAGGGAGUUUCCCCGAGGGCAAAAGGGCAGCUUUUAAUGCUUGGGCAGGUAAAAGGAGUACACCGGGCGACCAAGAGUUAUCUGACGAUAAGAGGGCCGCCUUCUCCUCCUGGGCAGGAAAGCGGGACAGCGGGGAUUCCCAGAGUGAAGCCACAGACGAGUUCGACUCCGACAAGAGGGCUGCCUUCAGCUCUUGGGCUGGCAAACGAUCAGUUACCGAAGCGCGACUAAACCUAAAACUGUUGGACUGGUACCUGUCGAGAGCUCUGGCCAAGGUGAUGGAGAAGCGGAAGUUUAGUGUGUGGGCAGGGAAGAGAGACCGGUACAACAACAUAUUUCGUCGGAGGUUCGGUCCUUGGUCCGGCUAACCAGCUUCAGGACCUGCAAACUGGUUACAGUCCUUGCUCCACUGCACAAGACACGUGCUACAGCUAUCUAACCAAUGACAGGCGUCGGAACAUUGACCAAUGAAACCAGAGCUAGUGAAACAAUCCCGAAUGACUCUUCGCCAACCCGCGUGAAUCUGUUUACCCAAGUCCGUCACCAUCAGGCCAACCGACCACAUAGUUUCUGCUGACUUAUUUUUAUGAAAGGUUUUUGUAAAACACCACGACUGCUCCAGUGAAUUAUAAUACCAUGUGACCGGAUAUGGUCACACAUUUAGUAAAAUGCUCGUAAGUCCCAAUGUCCUAACAACUAGAUUUCAAGUUGUCUCACCAUCAAGGAACAAUACAUGCCAUCUCAAUAAUCUGUCCUGUCAUCACGUACCUCCAGACCGACCCACAUAUAUUGGAAUAAGACUUCAUAGAGUCCAAUAGUAUACUAACAGGCUGACAUUCGUAUAAAAGUUAUUGUAUUCAUUCUCGUGUCGGAAGGUUGGCUGUGCUAUGACAACUGUUUACAUCCUGGAACAUAUGUUCAUGAAUAGCAUCACAGCUCCCGCUGUUCAGAUUAUAUAAGAAUAUAUUGCAUAAAAUGUCAUUAUUUUCAAAAGCGAUAAAUAAAUUAAUCUUUGCAUUUUUAGUUUGUUUUUCAAAUUGUUAAUGAGCCUCGUAAAAAAUUAGGUAAAUGGUAUCACAAACUGCCCAAAUAUUUAAUUGUGGAUGUCAUUCUGGUUCUUUGUGGCUGUGGCCUCAGCUAUCCCGACCCCCACCACCCAUACCACCAGCGACACCGCCCCCGCCACCACCGACUUUCGCUGAUACCAGUGUCUGCUAACACUCGUUAUGCAUAUAUGUAAUUCAUUUCCUCAUUGCAAUUCAUCGGUACGUGAUCAUUGUGAUGUUUGAUGGAGACUUGUACCAGCUGUGUAUCUGUUCGUGCAGUUGCAUGGUGAUGCUGACCCUGUUGUAAGGUCGGUUAUGAGGGCGCCGUCAUGCCUUAUCAUUAAUAAAAUGAAGGACAGGUAAACUGAAA